AUGCUAUCUGAAACUUUAUUAUUUCUUCAUCAAAUAUUCUUGAAAGGAUUAUCAGCACGUCUAGAAAAUUGGCCAACUUUAGUUUUGGGUGACUUAUUCGAUAUCUUACUGCCAAUGUUGUGUAUCUAUCAAGAAUAUGUACGAAAUCACCAUUAUAGUUUGCAAGUGUUGGCUGAAUACAAGCAGAAAGCUGAUUUUAACAAUUUGCUCAAACGCUAUGAAGAGAAACCAUUAUGUGAGGGAAGAAGUGUGGAAAUAUUCCUCACGCAUCCUAUGCAUCAGAUACCUCGCUACAUCAUUACUCUUCAUGAACUUUUGGCACACACUCCGCACGAUCAUGUGGAACGAGAAAAAUUAGAUCUUUCUUUUUUGUCCUUCAUUGUUUUACCUUUCCUUUUCCUUUCCUUUUUUCCUUUAUUUCUCUUCUUAUCUUUCUUUCUUGCUUUCUUUCUUUCUUUCUUUCUUUCUCUCUUCUUAACUACAUUCUUUAUUCUCCUGCUUUCUUUCUUUCUUUCUUUCUUUAUUCUUAACUACAUUCUUUUUCUCUUGCUUUCUCUCCUUUCCACUUUUCCAUUUGUAUUUGGCUUCUUUUAUUUCCUUUUCCUUUUCUUUUUCCUUCUCUUUCUCUUGUCCAUUUGCUUUUGCCUUCUUUUACUGCCCUUUCUCUUUCCUUCUCUUCCCAGCUUGUUAAUCCAUUUUUUCUUCUUUACUCUUUGCUCCAUUUUUAUAAUCUUUAAUUUACUAUAUUUUUGUUUUUCAAAUUUUCUUCUUGUUAAACACAUUCAGUUAAUAAAGCAACAAUGCUUACUAUUUGCAUUAUCUGUCUGGUCAUUCAUUUCUCAAUCUAUCUGA